AAUAAUUCCCUUCACAGUCUUCUCCCUCAGUCUCGACCUAUCUCCAUUGCUUCUGCUUCUCGGUAAUGGCUGGAUAACGAUUCUCUUUUAUCUUCACGUAAAAACCCUCUAGAAAAAUGUCGGCUUCAAAAUUCUUACUCUUCGGCACCUCCUACUUCCGUUCCUUCCGUUCCCACAAAUCCCCAUCUCUGGCCCCUUCCCUUAUCUUCACCAAACACUUUCCUUCCGUUUCCCUCAGUUUCCAUCGCUACUACUCGUCUGCCGCCACUGAUGCAAUUGCAGAAAUUGAUACAGAAGGACCAAGUUCUUCUACUUACCAUCCAUGGCCCGAGUGGAUUACUUUCGUGGACCGUUUGAAGGCCAAGGGUUACUUCGUUGAACUUCCCGCAAAAAACGAGUCAGAGGGUACAACGGACGCUGGAACUGCUGGUCCGGAAACAUUAUAUAAGGACAUUUCUUUAUUGAAGGAUGCUUGUCUCAGCUUCGCUCGCGAUCGAUACGAUGUUUUCAAAUCAUUGUCCACAGAGGAUAUUCGAGCAGUUGUGGAGGAUGGAUGCCCUAAUCUUUCUCGCAAAGCUGUUAACUCAGCCAAAAGACUAAGAGCACAUGUCCAACUAGAUGAAGGAGAUGUCUGUAGUGCUUGCAAUCUACGUGGUUCAUGUGAUAGAGCCUAUGUGAUACUGAAGGGUUCUGAAGCAUCUCCUCGUACCGUGGACAUAGUGCGAAUAUUGUUAUCUUAUGCCAUAGAUCCACUUCUUAUUUCAGGAGCAGAGAAACCUCCUGGAAGGGAGCUUGUUGAUGGAUCUGUAAGGAAACUGCUUUCUCAAUUGAUUGAAUUGGGUGAGACAGUCCCAGAUCCAGCACUUCCAAGGACACCUGCAAAAGCUCCUUCUCAAAAGCAACGAGCUGUGUCUUACAAUGAUGAUGAGCUGUCUCAGAAUAUCGUAAAGAAGAGAGGAGAUUGGAUGUGUCCCAAAUGCAACUUUAUGAACUUCUUGCGAAAUGUACAAUGCCUAAAAUGUAAGGAAGAUAGACCAAAAAGAGAGGGUCAAGAUGAAAUUGAAAUGAGGGACGGAGAUUGGACUUGCUCCAAAUGCAACUUUAUGAACUUCUCCAGAAAUUUACAAUGCCUGAAAUGCAAGGAAGUUAGACCAAAAAGAGUUGCUCCAGAUGCUACUGGAAUGAGGAAUGGUGAUUGGACUUGUUCUGAGUGCAGUUUUUUGAAUUUUGCUAGAAAUACGCGAUGUUUGAAGUGCAAAGCAGAUGGACCAAAGAGGAUUGAUUUGGAUAAUAUUGAAAUGAAGAGAGGAGAUUGGAACUGCCCUGAGUGUAAUUUCCUGAAUUUUGCUAGCAAGAAGAAGUGCCUCCGCUGCCAAGUGCCACGACCUAAUUCACAUCCUGGAGAGUGGGAUUGCCCCUCAUGCGACUUCUUGAACUAUAGCAGGAACAAGGUUUGCUUGAAAUGCAGAUGUGAGCGUCCUAAAGAAUUUGGAGGAGGUGUCUUAAGUUGAUUCUUUUGUGAACCUAGACACGCUGCAUGUGAUUAUGAGAAGCAUCUUGCAUGAUAUAAUUUUCAGUCAUAUGACUAAAGUAUUCAGUUUAGAAGUCUACGAUUUUCUAAAGAAUGUACAAGUAACUUGUAAAUUUCAUAAUUGUUCACAAUUAAGUUGGUAAUGUUCUCGGAAA